GCCCGUUCCAGAUGCGACUGUGCAAGGGUGGAAAUUUGGCACUAGCAGGUUCCUGGGCAGAUCGGUCACCACUACACGAAGCAGCAAGUCAAGGUCGCCUUCUCGCUCUGCGAACAUUGUUAUCACAGGGUUAUAAUGUAAAUGCAGUAACCAUAGACCACAUCACCCCCUUGCACGAAGCCUGCCUCGGAGACCAUGUGGCGUGCGCCAGAACUCUACUGGAAGCUGGAGCUAAUGUAAAUGCCAUCACAAUAGAUGGAGUGACCCCGUUAUUCAACGCAUGCUCACAAGGCAGCGCUAGCUGCGCGGAACUUCUUUUGGAAUAUGGUGCCAAACCCCAGCUGGAGUCCUGUCUUCCUUCUCCCACCCAUGAGGCCGCCAGUAAAGGUCAUCAUGAAUGCCUAGAAAUCCUGAUAUCUUGGGGCAUAGACGUUGACCAAGACAUUCCUCAUUUAGGAACUCCUCUCUAUGUGGCUUGUAUGUCACAACAGUUCCACUGCAUCCGGAAGCUUCUUUAUGCUGGUGCUGAUGUACAAAAAGGCAAAUAUUGGGACACUCCAUUACACGCUGCUGCCCAGCAGUACAGCACGGAAAUUGUAAACUUACUGCUCGAGUUUGGAGCAGAUAUCAAUGCCAAAAACACAGAGCUUCUGCGACCUGUAGAUGUAGCUACUUCUAGCAGUUUGGUGGAAAGGUUAUUGCUUCAACAUGAAGCUACUCCAAGCACUCUUUGCCAACUUUGCCGACUCUGUAUCCGAAACUACAUAGGGAGAUCAAGAUUGCACCUUAUCCCACAGCUCCAGCUGCCAACAUUAUUGCAGAAUUUCCUACAGUACCGAUAAAGCAGUGAAAUAAUUCUGAAUACUUUCAAACUCAUUUCUAUUUCAUCUGCAUAGUGUAUAUUUUAUAUUGAAUUAUGUUACCGAUAGAGUGUAAGUGACUGGGGGGCCCCAGGACAGAGGCGAAUUUAAAUUUUAAGUGCACUAGUGAGUACUACUGUUUUAUGCAUUUUUACUGUAUUUUGGACUAUAGCAUUUUUAACAUCCCUAAUGUUAUUAGUCAUUCCCAUGUACCCUUUUGGAUUUGGGGGGGACAAGGGGGGAGGAAAUCCCCAUUUCUGUCUUUUUAAAGUGAAAAAGAGAAA